ACAUCCCUCUACAACAUCAUGUGCCAGAACAAGAGCAACACCAACACCAUGACCAUCAAGUCGAACAAGAAGCUGUCCUACAGCGUGAAGAAACUGCUGCAAAAGAUCUUCAAGCAGCAGCAGCAGCGCGUCGAGGAGGAGGAUGAGAACCUCAAGAACACCCUGAAGGCCAACUCCCUGGAGUCCCUGGAAUCCAUGGAGAACAGCCGCAAUGCCGAUCUGGAAUCCGCUUCUAUAUGCGCCUCUCUGGAGUCCUGCGAGAACGAGGCCAACGAGCGUCUCUCCCAGUCCUGCGACAUGGAGGACUACGAUCUCGAGCAACUGCCCACCGUGCCCGUCCACUUCGUCCGCACCGCCCACGGCACCUUCUUCUGGACCGCCGUCUCCGAUCUGCCAGCCGACAACGACCUCAUCGAGCCCCUCUACUGCUCCACCGCCAACGAGAUCGCCAUCCCCCAGGAUCGCUGGGUUCAGGCCUAAGAAAAUCAGAGCCAGCCUUCCACA